AAGCUAAUGCACAGUUUGCUAAAGAAGCGGAGUAUGGGAUUCUGGAAAUUGUCUCGUGCCCUGACAUAACAAAGGCUCAUUGUGAGCAGGAAGAACUUUAUGGGAGUCAGCCUGAAAUGCCACCAGUAGACAUGCCUCAUUUAUUCUGCACAGCGCAGAAAGCUCUCGGAAAGGAAACUUUUAAAGAACUGAAUGAUCUUACGUCAGGACUGUCAGAUCACGGGAUGGAGAAUCAAAGGGUGGUGCAGCCAUAGGUGGACGUGCUGACGCCAUCCAAAAAAGGUUGUCGGAAAUGAAGAUCUAGGUCACCCGGAUGUCAGCAUGGCAGCCACAAACCUGGAGAACCAGCUGCACAGCGCCCAGAAGAACCUCCUGUUCCUCCAGCGGGAGCAUGCCGGCACCCUCAAGGGGCUGCACGCCGAGAUCAGGCGGCUGCAGCAACACUGCACAGAUUUAACAUAUGAGCUGACACUCAAAAGUGCGGACCAGACAGGAGAUGGAUCCUCCCGAAGCAGCGAACUAAAGAGAAGAUGCGAGGAGCUGGAAGCCCAGCUGAAGCUCAAGGAGGACGAGAACAGCGAGCUGCUCCGGGAGCUGGAGCAGAAGGACGCCAUGAUCCUGGUGCUGGAGAGCACCGUCAGGGAGCGCGAGAGGAAGUACCUGGAGGAGCUGAAGCUGAAGAGCCACAAGCUGAACAUGCUGUCGAGCGAGCUCGAGCAGCGCGCCGGGACCAUCGCCUACCUGACCUCGCAGCUGCACGCCGCCAAGAGGAAGCUCAUGAGCUCCGGCGGGACCUCGGACGGCAGCCCGUCCGGGAGCCCCGUGCUGGCCAGCUACAAGCCGGCCCCCCCCAAGGACAAGCUGCCCGAGACGCCCCGCCGCCGAAUGAAAAAGAGCCUCUCGGCCCCCCUGCACCCGGAAUUCGAAGAGGUUUACAGAUUCGGGGCCGAGAGCCGGAAACUACUCUUGCGGGAGCCGGUGGACGCCAUGCCCGACCCCACCCCGUUCCUGCUGGCCCGGGAAUCGGCCGAGGUCCACCUCGUCAAGGAGAGGCCCCUGGUCAUCCCCCCCAUCGCCUCCGACCGCGGCUCGAGCGAGCCGCACAGCCCGGCCCGCGAGAAGCAGCACAAGGCCCACGUGGGGGUGGCCCACCGCAUCCACCACGCCGCCCCGCCGCAGGCCCCGCCCGAGGUGGAGACGCUGGCGGUCGACCAGGUGAACGGAGGAAAGGCCGCGAGGAAGCACUCAGGGACGGACAGAACUGUGUGAAGCCUGCCCGGGCGACCCGUCACCCCUGGCUGUCGAUGCACUGUGAUCACUACUGGGAAAACUCAUCCACGCCUUUUUUUUUUUUUUUCUCCAAUUCCCCUGCAUGCCAAGUUUUUUUUCCAGACACGUCAACAUUCUUAUUCUCCUGCUCCUUUUGCCCUGGUACUGACACCAGAAUACGAUCAUGUCCCUGCUGCAGAAUACCUAUUUACCGAUCGCCGUGGCCAAACACCUGUGUGCCGAAUCGCUCGCUUCUAAUCCCACUCCGUGUGACUUCAAUGCGCUCGUGGACAAAGCACAGGCCACAGGCUGCAUCACUACUCGACGUUAAUGAAAUCAGAUAGUCAACCCGCCUAACUAUACAGCCGGAGCAACACGUGCCGACCGGCCUCGACCCUCUCGCUCCAGUUCCUAGGGCGGCCCGUCCAGAGCAGCCCCUGCUCCCUCCCGGAGACCCCGUAACCUCCCACCCAGCCUCCCCCCGGGGCGGCCCCGAUAGCCGAGCAGCUGUAUGUGUCUAUCGCGGGAACGAAAUAAGAUGAUGUUACUCCUCGUGUCACCACAACCUGAAUGCGUGUUCAUAUUUUUUGGUUAGUUUUAUCCAAAAUGUUCAAGAUCCCAACAAACUUUAUUUUCUAAACCUG